AUGGAGCAUGCAAAGAGAGGGAGGGACAAGGUGCCCAAGUCGAAUAUGGGAAGCAGUAUAUUGCCUUUACCGAAGUCGGGUUGGAUAAAACUUAACGUAGAUGGAGCAAUGGACUCCUCUAUGGGGUGUUGGAGUGUGGAGAUCAAGCAUGUGCCACGGGAGGCAAACCAAGUUGUUGAUUUUGUAGCAAAGCAUUUCAAGCAGAGACCGUAUGAACUGCAGAUGCUGGAAGGCCCACUAGCUGGGAGCUGGAAGUUGCCGAUGGAAGAUUUGGAGCUGGCCGAAUGUCACACAAGUUUUAGCUCUGGCCUUUUCAGGCCUUCUCAGGCAUCCAUUGUGGAACAUUACAAUGAUGGGAUUUUGAUGGGAAGAGCAUUGGCUGAAUCAGAACCAGAGUUUCAAAACAGUAACUAUGGCAUGAUUCCGGCUAAAGAGUCCUUGUUUAAGGAGAUGCAAAAGACGGUCAGAAUAGAAGCUGGAGAUGAAGAAGACUGCAUGAUAUGUUUGGAGGAGCUCGAGGUUGGGUUUGAUGCUUCUCGGAUGCCUUGUUCUCAUACUUUUCAUGGUGAUUGCAUCGAGAAGUGGCUGAGGCAGAGCCAUUAUUGCCCUAUUUGCCGGUUUGAGAUGCUAGCCAAUUAG